AUGUCGAAAAAUGGCAACGUAUAUCCUCACCUACCCAUCGUUACACUCAAAAUCGAUGGGCCCCCAUAUCCAAGAUUACCGGAUUCACUCGCCACAUUCGUUACAGAGGGCAGCGACUUUUACUUGAAUGCUACCGACGAUGUUACGAUUUGGGGUGGAGACUAUCUUGGUUGUCCUGACGAUGCAACCGGGAGCGAAGUCAGCUCUCCCCUAACCAUCGACGGAUUCGCUCCAUAUUCCGCCUACCCAGAUAGCUACAACAGCUUAUUGUCGACUUGGAUAGAGGCCCUGGGCUCGACGGAUGAGGGAUCAAAUCCAGAUUCGGGAGGGGACGCCGGCCAGCAGAUUGCCAUUGCGUCGUAUAUCAACCCCCUCGGGGACCCAGCUUCGUGGGAACGACUCCUCACAUACGACACUCAGAAGGUCAGCGUAUUGGUUGCCAAUGUUUUGAACGGACCAGAUUAUAUGGUCGAUGAAUCCUGGAAAUCGGUGAUUGAUCAAGCAGCGAGUCAAGGCAAAAAGAUCCUCGGUUAUGUUCGGACUGGUUACCUUGGCGUGAGUCAACAACAAUUUACAACUCGACUGGGCUCGCAUGACCUCGCAGACUGGGCUUCGCAAAUUGAACAAGAUAUCGAUAAGUGGUUCGAGCUAUAUGGCACCAGUCUCGGCGGUAUCGUUUUUGAUGAAGGCUGGCCAGAAUGCGGUCCCAACAAUAUCUACGCAGAUCUAUACGCAUACAUCAACAAUUAUACGAAGCGGAAACACCACGGCGUAUAUACAGUACUCAAUCCUGGCUCACCAAUAGCUCAAUGCUUUGAAGACACUAUGGAUACGCUAUUGACAUUCGAGAGCAGCUAUGAGACUUAUACAAACUCGUUUGUACCUAAUGAUUGGAUGCCAAAGGACCCCCGAAAGAUAUGGCAUAUCAUCUACAAAGUACCACAGGAUCAGAUUGCGAGUGUCGCUGCUCUUGCCUCGAGCCGUAAGGCCGGGUUCUUGGAAAUGACCGACGAUGACCAACCUAACCCUUACGAUAAUCUACCCAACGAGGCUUAUAUGCAAGCAGUCAUCGGCGCCGUACCAGGUGGCACGCCUCUCAUUGAUGAUCUAGCUGAAGUUACUAGCUCCUCUGUUGUUGGUCUUCCAAGCGACGCGGUCGUCUCCUCUUCGGACUAUAGCUCCGUCACCCUUACCUGGUCAUCAGUCGAGAAUGCUCUUGGCUAUGCGGUUUAUAAGGACGGUGUACAGGUACUGGAACUGCCAGCCUCAUUGACUCGAGCUACGAUUGGUAUGAUCGACCCCGGAACCUCUGGUAUCGCCUUCGAGGUGCGGACGAUCUUAGCUUUAGGCAGUGGAGGUAGCUCCCGGUUGAUCUCGGCGAGCACGAAAAGCCUACCGGCUAAUGGUACAAACGCCAAUGUUGGCUUUACACAGAAUGGCGACACCGUUGUCUACAAAGCCGACGUCCUGGUCCCAUACGCAUUUGUGCGGCUCUUCAUCGGCACCAAACAGCCCGACAUUGGAAUUGUCCACGGGUGGCCGAUUCAGGCCCCAGGCGUGACGCUAGGCAUGGACGGUCAAGAUACCGCGUAUCACGAGAUCGUCAACUACCUCGUCGAAGGCAAUGACUUCUACUCCGGCUUUUACAAAUACAGUGGCGCUUGGUACGAGACAGCCAAAGCCAAUGCGGAUUGGUCGUGGACCUCUAUCGGUGUCGCGACUCAAUCUCAGAGUGGUUACACGUAUACGUGGAACGUUCCGUUCGCUGGCACUGAUGCUGUAGCCAGCGAAUAUGUAAUACAAGGCCAAGGAUACGCCCCGUUAAACAAUGUCUUCAUGGGAUCCCUUCGUCACUAUAGUAUACUUUAA